AGCUCGGUAGAAUCGAUUUUAAAAAAAAAAAUUUGAAGAAAUUGUUAUCAACACCGGGGCUAAAGUUGCGAAUACCCCUCCAUCGUAUGUAAAUGCGACGCUCAGGGUUCAGCGAAAAGCAUAUUACCGCCAUAAAAGUUCCCACAAGAUGACGUCGACAGAAGCAGGGCCAUCGCCGGAAACCCGACAGCUCCAAUUUGAGCAGGGCGUAGCUAUCUCGCUACACCUAUGGCUUUCCCUAACAGUCGCGGUGCAAAACGGACUAGGCGGUUCCGACUCCGAGGACAAGCGCGACUGGUUCGCCGGUGCGAUCGUCGACAUGUUCCCCAGCUUCGUCGACCUCGCCAAGCCGCGCAAGCCCAGUCAAAACCCCCCCGCUGAGCCAGACGCUGAGGAUGUUGAAGCCACCCUGCUGCAGGUAAUGUGGGACGAGUUCGAAACGAAUGUCGACGAUGACUCCGAGGUCGAGGUGGCCGAGCGCAUCGUCAAGGUCCGCACUCAAUGCGCCGCCGGAGAUUUCGAAUUCAUCGAGGAACUAAGGCGCAGAUGGCUAGCUACAAAGGGCAAAACAGUCAAGGUUCAGGAGGUGGAUGCCGGAGAUCAGGAGACCGACUGGGAAAGCGAGGACGACGAAGGUGAUGAGGAUGACGAUGUUGAAAUGGAUGAGGCGCCUGCUCUAGUUGCAGCGCCUAAGGAGAAGCCACCCCCAGAGGUAGACGAGGAUGGCUUUACAAAGGUUACACGAAAGAAGCGCUGAGCACGUUCAUGCCAUGUCAAAUUUUGAGCUGCAGACUCUAGGGGAGUAGAGUUGCAGGUAAUGGCACAGCAAGUUCGAGACGAAUUAUGCUUGAAAUGAUAUAAACAGGUAAGGCAAGGCGGACAAAUAUAUCAUGCGUUCAAAGCCAAUCCAAUAAAAACCAGCAACGCCUAUGAGAGCACCAAAUCCGAACAGUCCAUGCCAACAGAGAGAGCGGCAAUAUGCCAAGGAUCAAGCAGCAGCAUUACUCCCAUUCAUCAUCAUCGCUGUCGUCGCUAUUAUCCGCUUUCCGAGCCUCCUUGGGACUGUUCGGAGCCUGGCUUGGAUUUCCGGACGCCGCGCCUACAACAUCGUAGCUCGUAUCGCUGUCAGGUUGAGAUUUCUCAUCGUUGGACUUACGAGGUUCGGAUGGCUUCAAACGGUUCUUGUCCGAAGUGGUAACCGCUGGCGGGUGAAUUGUUGUAGAAGACUCGAUAGAAGCCGGCCGCGCGGGCUUCACCGUCGGCUUUUGCGCGGGCUUAGCUGGCACCGUAUCGUCGUCGGACUCUUCCUCCGAUUCUUCUUCCGAUUCCUCCUCAUCGGAUUCCUCGCCCCAUCCAAUUUCUUCUUCGGCGGAGGCGGCUAAAUGCCAGUUUGUUAGCUAUAUAUAGAUAAGCGUAGAAAGAAAAUACAAAUCUUAACGAACCCUUCAAUAGAUCUCGGCGACGU